AUGGUCCGCUAUGCACACUACACCGCAGCUCAUCCAACCCUUUCGCCCGCUCAGGUCGCUCACAACGCUCAAGUUCAAGCCGCAGAGAGCCUCCCACGGUACCACUACCUCCGCGCCGCAGUGACUGGGGCCUACGACCUCGAACCCAGCGAAGACGAUCCGUCUCUCACGACGCUCAACUUCGCGCGCUACGCAGGUCACGACCUCGUGCCGCUCUACAACCUGAGGCUACAACCCAACGCCGAUGGAUCCAUGCACCCCGAAGAUCUUCAGAUCUACAACGAGGAGCUGUUCAUGAACUGGAAAGCGAGAGAGGGCGGAAUACUCUGUACGGUCCGCCUGUACAAGCAGUUCUGGAGCAUGGUUCUGAGCUACAACUCGCCCGCGCGGACGACGGGGUCGGCUGCUCGGGAUGCUCUCUUCGAUGGGUGGAGGGGAGCUGGGUUUCCCGAGGCGAUGAUUCCUUGUAUGUGGUUCGCCAGACCGUGCGGCUGCAUGGACCCAGAAUGUCAGUACAAGCACGAUGAGGAGACGACGCGGAGGGACAAGGACUCUGUCUACGCCUGGCGGCGAGCGCAGUGCAAUAAGCUCACUGCCGCGGACGUCGCAACUUUCCGCGACGCCGAUCCCAUCACACUCUCUCCUGGUGAUGACGGGUACAUCGUCAGGCAGAUCCAGCUCGACAUGACCCAUCCCGAGCCCAACAUCUGUUGGAACCCCGCCUGUCCCCAGGGACUGAACGUCCACCCAGACGCCUCGAGAUCUUUGCAGUGGUGCUCUAUCUGUAAAGUGGUCAGCUACUGUUCAAAAGGCUGUCAGCGACGGCACUGGCGAGCGCAUAAGGGUGAUUGUCACCCGUACGAGGAGAUCAUCGCGAACGAUGACCUGUGGUCGAUUGUCGGUCGUCGUAAAGGUCUGCAGAAGAACGGGAUGUUCCUCGCGGAAGAGAACGGGAAUCUCUCGCUGACCGUCACCCCAUAA